AUCCUUUCAUUGAUGCUGGACGCUCUUUUCGCCAGCUCCUGCAUGUCGUCUGUGAGUUUGUCAGGGGAUCGUCGAGCAUCACAGACGUUUGAUAUGCCAUGAGACGCCCUCCCGGGGGUGUUUAGAGCCAUUGAGGGAUCACGAUCCACUGAGCAGGCUGUCUGAUGCCCCGCCAGCUCGCUCUCUCGAGAUGUACGAGGCUAUAUGUGUGGCGGCGGUCUCAGUCCCCCAUCCGCCACAAAUAGCCACGUCAUCCCCCCCCCCCUGUCACCGGUUAAUGCGAGACUCAUUCCUAAGCGAACAACCUCUUUUGAGCAUCCCAUCCCAUCGUUCUCCAGCUCGUGGUGACUCUUUUGCAUCUCUACUUUGAUCCAUUAUCACGACGCCACGAUGGGAUCAUUAGACUUCAAAGACCUCGUCGUGUUGGUCACUGGUGCAGGCAGUGGGAUUGGCAAAGUGUACGCACACUUCUUCGCGUCGAGAGCUGCCAAGGUCGCUGUGAACGAUGUAUCUGCCCAAGCGGCUCAACAAGUCGUCGAUGAGAUCACCAAGAGCGGUGGUAAGGCCGUUGCAGCCGCCGGAUCCGUCGCAGAAGGACAAAAGAUCGUCGAUCAGGUCGUCAAAGCCUUUGGUACGGUUCAUGUACUGAUCAACAAUGCUGGAAUCCUUCGUGACAAAUCUUUCAAAAACAUGACGGAUCAGGAUUGGGAUCUGGUCGUUCUAGUCCACCUGAAAGGUGCAUACAGCUGUACAAAGGCGUGCUGGCAGAUCUUCAGGGAUCAAAAGUUUGGACGAGUGAUCAACACGGCAUCUGCAGCUGGCCUCUAUGGAAAUGUCGGACAGGCGAACUAUUCCUCCGCCAAGAUGGGUCUCGUCGCAUUCACGCGCACCAUCGCUCGUGAAGGAGAAAAGUAUAAUAUUAAGUCCAAUGCCAUCGUCCCGAUCGCCAAAUCAGCAAUGACGGAAACGAUCAUGCCUGCAGAGAUGCUCGCAGGGCUCAAGCCUGAGCUCAUUGCGCCCUUGGUCGGUGUACUCACUGCCAAGAACGGCCCCGAUGUCACUGGACGAGUGUUUGAACUUGGGGCGGGAUUCUACUCCGAAGUGCGAUGGGAGCGAGCCAAAGGGGCUAUCUGGAAGACUGGGGAUAAGACCUUUACACCUUCUGCCGGCAUCGUCACUGCCUCGAGGAAGAUGCCGCCAAAUAAGCAAGCCUCCCCUCCUAUCAAAUUUGACGGAAAGACGGUCAUCAUCACUGGAGCCGGUGCCGGGUUGGGACGAUCGUAUGCGUUGAUGUUUGGACAACUCGGCGCGAACGUCGUUGUCAACGAUGUCAACAAGGACAACGCGGAGAGAGUCGUCGACGAGGUCAAGAAGAUGGGCAGCCGAGCGGUCGCUGCAGUCUGCUCGGCAGAAGAGGGCGAGACGAUCGUCAAGACUGCCAUGGACACGUUUGGCGCUGUUCACAUCCUUAUCGCCAACGCCGGUAUUCUUCGAGACAAGUCAUUCGGGAAUAUGGACGAAAGCAUGUGGGAUCAGGUCAUGGCUGUGCAUCUCAGGGGAACCUACAAGUGCGCCAAAGCGUGCUGGCCAGUAUUCUCAAAGCAAAAGUAUGGCCGGAUCAUCACAACGACUUCGCCCAAUGGGCUGUAUGGAGCUAUCGGACAGGCCAAUUACUCGACUGCCAAAGCCGCUCUGAUCGGUUUCGCCCGGACUCUCGCCCUCGAAGGUGCCAGAUCAAACAUUCUGGUCAAUUGUAUCGCUCCGCAAGCUGGAACAGCCAUGACGGCGACCGUGUGGCCAAAGGAGGCGCUAGAGGCGAUGUCUCCUGACUAUGUCGCACCUGUGGUCGGAUACCUCUGCUCGGAACAAUGCCAAGACACUGGGACGCUUUACGAAACGUUUGGUGGCUUUGCCGCCCAAGUCAGAUGGCAGAGAACCCACGGGUUCUGCUUCCCCAAUGACAAGGAGCCGUCGCCAGAGGCUGUUCUCGGCAAGUGGAAGGAGAUCACGACAUUUGACGACCGCUCGACCCACCCUUCAUCCGCCCAAGAAGCUAUCCAGCAGAUCCUCGAGAAUUUCUCCAAUCACGCAGAAGCCUCCUCUGGCGAAUCUGGUGGCAGCGAGUUUGAGCAUUCUGAGGACACCGACGCCGUCAAACAGGCCAAGCGGAAUCCUCCUUCGCCGGAAGAAUUCACAUACACCGAGCGAGAUGUCAUGCUAUACAAUCUGGGCAUUGGAGCCAAGGCGAGCGAGCUCAAGUGGACAUUUGAGAAUUCGGAAGACUUUGCAGCCCUUCCCACAUUCGGUGUCAUUCCCCAAUUCGGCUCUUCCUCCUCCAUGCCCAUGGACUUUGUACCCAAUUUCGACCCCACCAAGCUCCUGCAUGGCGAGCAGUAUCUCAAGAUCCUCGGCCCCAUCCCUACAUCCGCCACCGUCAUCAAUCACACUCAGCUCGUCGAGGCGUUGGACAAGGGCAAGGCUGCGGCGGUCACUUGUCGUGUCAUCACAAAGGACAAGUCGACGGGAGAGUCGCUGUUCGAGAACCAGAGUACGGUGUUUCUGAGGGGUUGUGGCGGAUUUGGAGGGAAGAAGAGUGGUUCGGACCGCGGACCUGCAACGGCUCUGAAUACACCUCCAAAGCGACAACCUGACGCCGUCGUUGAGGAGAAGACGACGCUGGAACAAGCUGCGAUCUAUCGUCUCUCGGGUGACUACAACCCAUUGCAUAUCGAUCCGUCGUUCUCCAAAAUGGGAGGAUUCUCCAAGCCUAUUCUUCACGGCCUUUGCUUCAUGGGAAUUGCCGGAAAACACGUCCUCAAGACCUUUGGACCGUACACGGACAUCAAGGUCCGAUUUGCCGGCACCGUGAUUCCUGGCGAGACGCUCGUCACGGAGAUGUGGAAGGAGGGUGACAAGGUCAUAUUUGCUUCCAAAGUCAAGGAGCGCAAUACACCUGCGUUGAGCAAUGCUGCGGUGACUUUGGUGAAGCAGGACUCUACCAAGGCAAAGUUGUGA